AUGUCUGAUUAUGGCAGGUUGGGCUUCCAUCGCUCACCUCCAGCCGACACCAGCGACGAUUCGGCAAGCGACUCCGACAAUGAUGGUCUGAUGCGCCGAGCACGAACCUCGACCGACAUCAGACAGCUGGACAGGCAGAUAUUAGAAAGAGAGGAAGAAGCAGAAGAAUUGUUGACUGGCAAAGAGAAAGACCGAAGACUCCAAGGACUCUUUGCACGUAAAGAUGGUCCAUCGAGCAGUGUGAAGCUCAGCAAGAGGGAGCGCAGGAGAUACCAGCGUGAGGCCCAGCGCACGGGAAACCAACAGCAUCAAGAGGGGGAAGAGAGUGAACUGAUGUACGACAUGGAAGAAGGCCACAAGGACAGCUCCGACUCGGCCAACUCAUCAGACGUGGACAGGCUAAGAUUCAAAGAACUGCCACAACCCGUCGAACGUCGCAGCUCGCGACUCUGGAAACUCACAGCCAUCCACAUCGUUAUCAUUAUCGCCUUGUUUGGCCUUCUACUUGGUGCUUAUAUGGCAUCUCGCAACCACAAAUCUCUAGCCCAUCCUCAACCGAACACUCUUACGAACGGCAGUUCUAUCUUUACUCCAACAACCAUCCUCAUCUCACUUGAUGGGUUCCGCGCUGAUUUCCUCCACCGUAACAUCACACCAUCAUUAAAUGCAUUUGUUCGAGCGGGCGUUUCACCAGAGUACAUGUCGCCAAGUUUUCCUUCUGUCACCUUCCCUAACCAUUUCACCCUUGUCACCGGCCUAUAUCCUGAAGCCCACGGAGUCGUCGGAAACAGCUUCUGGGACCCUGAGUUGAAAGAGGAUUUCUUCUACACUGAUCCUUCUAGGAGCAUGCAGCCCAAGUGGUGGAACGGAGAGCCUAUUUGGGUCACCGCCGAGGAGCAAGACGUUCGCUCUGCAAUUCACAUGUGGCCUGGAUCCGAAGCUCACAUUGGUAUCGAGCCUACUUUUGUCGACAAAUACCAAGGUCACGAAUUACUUACAAACAAGGUCGAUCGCAUACUUAGUCUGCUUGACCUUCCCGGGCCAUUCGACAAAGGUGCAAGCUCAGAUACCCCAAGACCCCAACUAAUCGCCGCCUAUGUGCCGGAUGUUGAUCGUGAUGGUCAUUUGUACGGUCCGAACAGUACCGAAAUCAGGUCCACCAUCUCUAGAGUUGAUACUAUGUUGGGUCAGCUGUUCUCUGGAUUAGAGCAGCGGAACUUGACAGACAUUGUGAACAUUGUCAUAGUCUCUGAUCACGGUAUGGCUACAACAUCCACUUCUCGCUUGGUUCAGCUCGACGACAUUAUCGAUAUGUCCGUCAUCGAACGCACAGACGGCUGGCCUCUCUACGGACUUCGCCCGAAGAAUGAAUCAGAUAUUGAGCCCUUAUACAACCAAUUGAAGCAAGAAGCGGCAAACAUGAAAGGUUUCGAUGUCUAUCUGAAGAAUCGCGACAUGCCUGAACGUUACCACUUCUCGCAGAAUGACCGCAUCGCACCUCUUUGGGUGAUACCCUGGACUGGGUGGGCCAUCGUGGUCAAAGAAGAAUUUGACGUCGAGGGGGCUAAGAAGACUGGCCAAGUGUAUCAUCCUCGAGGUGUGCAUGGAUAUGAUCAUGAACAUCCAUUGAUGCGUGCAAUCUUUGUGGCUAGAGGUCCUGCUUUCCCUCACACACCGGGCAGCAAGGUGGACGUCUUCCAAAAUAUUGAGGUCUACAACCUUGUGUGUGACUCUGUCGGAAUUUUGCCCAAGGAAAACAACGGCACCCUUCGUCUACCGCUCAAACCUAUCGGGCUGCAUGAAUCUAUGCCACCUGCAGACAUCCCAGAAGAUAUGCCAGAAGACUCUGUUUCUAGUGGAGGUAGCGACGAACUGAGUGCAACAGCCACAGCGUCGACUGAAGCGUCAUCCAAAGUCGCGGAAACAAUCUCGUCCCUGACGCAAGCCUCACGACCAACAAUCGUCACCACAGACGCGGCUGCUCCAUCACGACCAGUCAUACAUGAUGAUGUAAGCCAGGAAGAUGAAGACAAGAAUGGCAAAGACACGAACUUAUGGUGGGACUGGGUCAAAGGAAAACUUGACGGCGCCAAAGAUUGGGCGACGGGAGUGUACGACACAGUAUCCGACAAGAUCUCGGGUGCUGCACCAGAUUCAACUAAUUGA